GCGCUGGAAAUCACUGUUCGUUCCUCUUAUUGGCUCAAACCGCAGGGAAUACGAAAUCCCCAGCCAAUAAGGAACGCUGGUCCGAGUCGGGGGGGCUGGAGUCCGCUGCUGGGGUGAUCUGGCGCAGAGCAAAGGAGGUGCUUGGCGCGUCUCCUGCUCCUCCCCUCUUCUUGCGGCCUCCGAGAGGUCGGCCUUGUUCUGGUGGCCUCCAGUAAUAUGUGGAUGUCGCCCAAGAGGAGCAAAAUGGAAGUCGACGAAGCUGAGAUUUUCCGGCCCGAAUGGACCCAGCGCUACUUGGUGGUGGAGCCGCCCGAGGGCGAAGGGGCCCUGUGCCUGGUGUGUCGCCGCCUGGUCGUAGCCACCCGCGAACGCGACGUCAGGCGCCACUACGAGGCCGAGCACGACCACUACGAGCGGUAUGUGGCGGAGGGCGAGCGCGCGGCCCUGGUGGAGCGUCUGCGUCAGGGCGACAUCCCCGUGGUCGCCCAGCUCACUCUGGAGGAGCGAGCUGCUCGUGCAGGCCUCGGGCUCGCGCGUCUCCUGGCCUUGAAGGGUCGCGGUUGGGGUGAGGGGGACUUUGUAUCCCAGUGCAUGGAGGUGAUGCUGAGAGAUGUUCUGCCCGACCAUGUAAGCGUUCUGGAUAGCAUCGAUUUAUCGCCCGAGGUCACGCGGCAGAGAGUCCUGAACAUUGACAAGAAUCUACGCAGUCAGCUUUUUAACCGAGCCAAGGACUUUAAAGCUUAUUCCCUUGCCUUGGACGACCAGGCUUUCGUGGCCUAUGAGAAUUAUCUCCUGGUCUUUGUCCGCGGCGUGAGCCAGGACUUGGAGGUGCAAGAAGAGCUUCUGACCAUAAUCAACCUGACUCAUCACUUCAGUGUCGGUGCCCUCAUGGCGGCAAUCCUAGAGGCCCUGCAGACGGCAGGUCUUAGCUUGCAGCGAAUGGUUGGACUCACCACGACCCACACGCUGAGGAUGAUUGGUGAGAACUCAGGACUGGUGUCAUACAUGAGAGAAAAGGCCGUGAGCCCCAACUGUUGGAAUGUUAUCCAUUAUUCAGGGUUUCAUCACUUGGAACUGUUGAGCUCCUACGAUGUCGAUGUUAAUCAGAUCGUGAAUACCAUAUCCGAGUGGAUAGUUUUGAUUAAGACCAGAGGUGUUAGGCGACCCGAAUUUCAGGCUUUGCUAACUGAAUCUGAAUCAGAGCACGGGGAAAGGGUUAAUGGACGGUGUCUGAAUAAUUGGCUGAGAAGAGGGAAAACUUUGAAACUAAUAUUUUCCCUAAGAAAAGAAAUAGAGGCAUUCUUGGUCUCCAUAGGAGCAACUACUGUUCAUUUCACAGACAAGCAAUGGCUUUGCGACUUUGGCUUCUUGGUGGAUAUUAUGGACCAUCUUCGAGAACUCAGUCAGUUAUUGGGGGUUAGUAAAGUCUUUGCUGCUGCUGCCUUUGACCAUAUCUGUACCUUUGAAGGGAAGCUGAAUUUACUUCAGAGACAUAUGGAGGAAAAAAAUUUAACACACUUUGCUGCCUUCCGGGAAAUUGCUGAUGAACUUGCACCGCAUCUUAAAGAAGAUGAAACAAUAUUUGACCCCGAUAGGUAUCAAGUAGUGAUCUGUCGCCUACAGAAAGAAUUUGAGAGGCAUUUCAAGGACCUCAGAUUCAUUAAAAAGGACUUAGAACUUUUUGCAAAUCCAUUUGACUUUAAGCCCGAGUAUGCACCUAUUUCAGUGAGGAUGGAGUUAACAAAACUUCAGGCAAACACCAACCUUUGGGAUGAAUAUAGAAACAAAGACUUGGGGCAGUUCUAUGCUGGUUUGUCUGCUGAUUCUUACCCAAUUAUCAAAGGGGUUGCCUGGAAGGUGGCAUCCUUGUUUGAUAGUAACCAAAUCUGCGAAAAGGCUUUUUCAUAUUUGACUCGAAAUCAACACACUUUGAGCCAGCCACUGACAGAUGACCAUCUCCGCGCCCUCUUUCGGAUUGCAACAACUGAAAUAGAGCCCCUUUGGGAUGAUCUUGUGAGAGGAAGAAAUGAAUCUAAUCCGUAACCCUUUAAAAACACAGCGCUGAAACACUGAACUUCUAGAACCCAGUUCUAAAAACAAAAGUUGUUUUGAUUUUUUUUAAAUUUACUAAUGCGGAUUGUGGAAAGCACCAAGUUUAUUCAUCUAAAUUGAUCAGGAUUCAGAUUCUUCUGACUAAUCUUUUUUCUUUUUUCUCUUUCAUCUCAAGAAACAACACGGGACUGAUAAGAGAACACCUUUUUUUAAAACUUAAUGACAAAGUCAUCAUCUUUGCUUUUAUAUCUAAUUGUUUUUAAAGAAGUACUGAUAUGUGAUUGAGUUAGAAGUCUGUUUUAAGGUGUUCUGAAGAAAGUUCAUAUUUAAACUAUGUUAAAAUUUUGAUGCAUAUAGUCUGAAAUUACCAACUCAAAGUUUAUGUUUGAACCAAUCAGAUACUCAUUUAGCAGUUCAGAAGUUUCUGAAAAGGAAGAACAUACAAACAGGGGAGGUAUUUUGUCUAACUGUCAAAAUGAGAAUUUUUUAAAACAUAAUUCUGAGUCUGAAGUAAAUACUGGGAGAAGUCCUUCCUCUCACCUCUCCCCCAGCCAUCCCAGUGAUAAUGAUAUUACUAAUAGAAGAAGUAAUCAGAUAAAAUUUUAGUCAGAGGAGCAAGAAUGAUUUUUAAGUUGCUGGUUUAGGAGACUUCCUGCAAUUUGGAGAUCAGACUAACCAAUUAUGGGGGGUUCCCCCUGAAUUUUCCCCAAUAGGGAACUGUUUUAUCAGCUUGCCUAAUAAAGGACUACGGUAAGUAUAGAAUUGUAAUGACUGCCCCUUAGUGAUUCUUUUUUCUUCUCUGGACAGAAGUUUAUCCCUGUCAAAAAGGAUGAGAAAAAAGGAUUUUUGAGUCAGAAGGUGUGAGCUGUGUCCACCUAUUUGUCCUGUCUGCAUGGGUGUUGCUGCUUUGUAAAGACAUCCUGCUUAGAGGAAUGCCUUUGUUUUAAAAUGAUAUACUGAUUUUGUUAGCUCCUGAAAAGGGAUUCAUUCUAAAUUUGAAGCUCCCACGUGUUUUGUGAUUAAGACAGUAGACAAGUAGAAAUCUUUAACUCUCAAAAAGCAGCUAUAUUCCCAGAUUGUAAAAAUUCCGUGUUUCUAGUGAGACAUCUGCCUUGUGCUAAACAGUAAUUUUCAGACUUCUGUUAACAUGAAAAGGAAUUCUUUACAGCAGAGCCAAAUAUGUAAAAUAACUUAAAAAAAAAACAGGACCCAAUCAAGUAGAGUUUAAAAACUAUUGUGAUAAGUCCUGUCAUAACUAUUGCAAACAUUAUCCUUUGAUCACUAAUUCAGUAAAGUCGAGGAACCAGGAAACUCAAGGACCCAAGACUUGGAAGGAAAUGAUGCCUGAACAAUCAAAAUAAAUGUCCUAAGACCCCAGGAACCAAUAUAUGCCUGGGUCUCAACAGAGUCAGUAAUCCCUCCUUUUAGAGGAUGUUGGGAAAUACAGAGCUGGACUUUUUGGUUGCUGUAUUUACUGGGGGGUUCUGCUCACUGUAUGCCUGAAAUACCUCUCCCCUCUCAUGGACAGGACAGUCUGGCACAGGAAGAACUACCACUUGCAAAGUGCCAUCAGAUGCCCAAUGUAGGCUACCUUAUUUUGAAGACUAGGGCAGGUUACUCAUAGAAGCAAAAUGAGAAGGGCAAGUUGGGCAAAUUGGUAAUAGGGAAGACUAAUUCCAGUAUUCAUAGUUGCCUGGUGGGGUGCAGUGAAGACCUCGGUAAGUUCCAGCAGCUCACAGUAGCUUUCAUAAUCAGUAACUGAUACUGCACCAGAUUAAAGGCUGUGUCCUGUUACUGUUAGUUUAAGGGAGAAAAGCAAGUAUUAUCCAUAAAGUAUUUAUUGAGGAUAGUCAAGUUGAGAUAGGUCAAAAGUGAGUAAGUUUAAAUAUUUGGAAAAACAACAGUGAUAAACCAAUGAAAUAAAAACCUACCUAUAAUUUCCCAGUAGCUUAGAGUAACCUCUUUUGUGGCAAAUGCUUCAUUGAAAGAAUGUUUGGAAGAGCUGAAAGCUUCUGCUUUCUAAUCUCAGUUCUUCAAAUAUUGAAGUCUUGUACAUUUUGUGGAGUUAAGUAUAUAUUUUGCUUAAGGUGAUAAAGUUGGAUUGCAGCAUAUGUCGCUCAGGUAGUGUGGGGGUGGGGACAUAGCCAAGGACUUUAAAUCAACUUUGAACAACAGAGAAUUUGCUAUAAACUAGUCUUGUUUGUUUCAAAAAAUGUAUUUUACUGUUUUCUGUAUUAAGUAAUUCUGUAACUGCAUGGCAGUUUUUAUUUUGGAUUUUUUUUAAUAUAAAAUAGUUGUUACUGGUCUUGGACCAGGAAUAUAGUUAAAAUAAGCAGUUUUUAAAGAACUGUGUCUUUGUAUCUCCUGUCCUUAUUAAUUUUCUUGAAAGACUUGUCUGUAUUCCCAGUCUGUCUACUGCUGGUCAAACCUCUCUCCUACACUCACCAAGUGCUUGUCAGUAUUUUUAACCUUUGACGCACUGUCCUUAAUAUACUUGUUUCUUGGACUGUCAGGAGUUAUCAUAUCCAGGCACUUUUCAGUCUUUUCUGCAGCAUUUCUUUCCCUUAAAUGUCUGUGUUGCCGUUUAAAAAUGUUUUUUAGGCUAUCGUAUAAAUACAUCAUCUCCUUGGCUGAUUAUAUCUUCCAUGGCUUCAGUUAGCACCUGUAUGCAAGUGACUCCCAAAUUCAUAUCUAGAUUUUCUUAAUUCACCUGUGUAAUUAAUAGCUAAUUCAAGUCCACUUAGCUAUUUCACACACACCAUGGUCUUGCCCCCAAAACCCCCUCUUUGAUGUUCCCUCUUUCAGCAAAUGGCACUGCCACUAACCAACCAACCAGUUGCCAUUGCUCAAGUCCAUGACUUUCCCCUCUUGGUCUCCUUGCAGAAACCUAUGUGUUGAGUCUACUUUCUGAUUUUUUUUUUUCUCAGUUCUCUAGUAUUACUAUCCUAACUCAGGCUGUCAGCCUACCUAAAUGACAGUAGACACCUCCUCAUUGUGCUCCCUUUCUUUGGUUCUGAUUCCAUGUUCCAAAAGACAUACCUGUCACUGCAUUUGCUUAUUGCCAUCACUGCUCUGAAGGUAUGGUACACAUUUCUUUUUUUAAGGUCUCGUUUCAUAGAUCAAUUUCUCAAAGACUUCAUGAGUAUCCUCUAGACCAGAUGCCCUUAACAGUGUACUCCCCAAAUCUCCUCCUUCCCAGCCAUAUAUUUGCAGCACACUUUAUUGUUGCUUCUUACUGAUCACUACUAGACUGUAAGCUUUGUGAGGGCAGGGCCCCCAGAAGCCUUGGUUGCUGUUACUUGUAGUGCUCAGCACAGUGCCUGGCAUCUCAAUAAACAUUGCAGUGAAUAAAUAUUUGUGUAAUGUUUUAUAGUCUUUGAAACCUUUUCACAAACUCAUUUGCCCUUCACAGUGGUCCUUUCUCAGGCUGUGUGCUGUGUAGUUGUAAUCCAUGUAUUACAAAGCCAGGUAUACCCACAAAAUCUACUCUGUAAGGCUGAAUUAAGUCUACACCUCUUUGGUAACAAAAGUUGUUUUUUUUUAAUUGAUUUUCAAAGACAUACUCGCAUAGACCUGGAUGAAAAGAUUGGGAAAGCCCUUAGUGACCUAAAACUAGUUCAGUAAUCAAAAAGUUAACAUUUGGUUUUAGAAACAGAUAAUGUUGCUUAAGAGUAAAUAUCCAUUUUUCCCUUGUGUAAGCAUCAUCCUAGAAGAAUAUGACCUAUUAUUUACUUGCUAUCAAUACUUCCUUUACAGAUGAUUUCUGGCUCUUCUGGGAUUUAAAAGUAAGUAAAUUGAACAGAAUUUUUUAAAAAUUUGGCUCUCCUGGUCACUAGAUACUCAGUUGCUGCCUUGCAGAAUAUCUUUACUACCAGUGAAGAUGCCCUCAGAGUGACAGUGCUGAAAGUCUUAGGUUUACACUAUUUGUUGUUCACAGGCCUCUCAAUUUCUGAAUCUUUGAGGGUUCCUGGGAGCACCACACCCUUAAUCUCUUACCUUUGAGCCACUUCCAAUUUAAGGAGACUCAGUAUUGGUAGCCUCAUUUUUGGAUAUAAGUUUUAGGCACAUUAGCUCAUUUAGAGCUCUGAAUAGGUGUGGCACUCACCCAGGGAUUUGAUCCUUAUUGCAUAACUGGGCUUCAUUCAGCCUUUGGAUUAAAGGCGUUCUCAUCUGUGUCUUUCUAUAAUCAAAUAAUGGCCUCAUCCUAAAUACCCGAAUUUGUGAAUGCCCAAAUUUGUGAAAUCUUACUCCCCUAUAUUUCUGUUCACAAAUUGAUGAAUUCUUUUUCUGAACUAAUCUUUCUACUGUAUAUUUUUUCCCCAAAGCAGCCAACGGCAACCAUAAGUUUUUCGUUUUCUUGUCUUAGUAAUGUGUCUAUAGUAGUAGACACUAUGUUCUAGGCUCUCUUCAAGGAACAGUUGCACCACUCCAUAACAUGCUUUUCCCCUGCAUAAGUUAUGUCUUCUAUCUUCCAGUGGCAAUUUUCUGAAUGCCAACUAGCCCAGUGUUCAGUAUUUUAGAUGUUUUGAAAAUAGAUCUAAUUUCUGUGUCAGGACAUACUAGUAACCACAAAAAUCGUAAUGUUCUCAUAGCUUUUUUCUUGUAAUUUAGUUAGGGAUUUUGCCUUAGAUAAAGAGUUGAUAAACUAUGGCCCUCAACAAACUGUCCUAUUUCUGUAAAUACGGUUUUAUUGGAGAUAGCCUUCUCCAUUUAUUGUCUGGCUGCUUUUGUUCUACAGUAGGAGAAUUGAGUAGUUGUGACAGUGUGUAUGGUGCAAGUCUAAAAUCCUUCACAGGAAAAAGUUCACUGAUGCCCCUUCUACGUUGCAGUCAUUCUGAGAUUUAGGUGUAAAAUGUUGCUACUCAUUUUAUGAAAAAAAAAUAUAUGUAUAUAUAUGGUAGAUCCAGUGGACCUUCAAAGCGUUUUAACUGACCAAAGUAAAUCUCAUGGCCACACUGAAGUUUAGGGAGGAGUGUAAACUUUCCAAGUACCUGGGAAGAAAACCAGGAAUAUUUGGGGAGAAAACACUAACGAUUAGCAGUUACAUUUGGUUAUAUCUGUCCAUUUAUAUGAUUCCUUUAAAAAUACAUUUUUUCCUUCAUUGGAGUAAAACAUUAAAGUGCAAGUAUCAGUGGAUUUUUAUGUAUAUCUUUGAACCUGUUACCUAGAUACUGAACAUUUCUAACACAAGUAGUUGCUCCUAGGCCUUUCAUACACAAAGAUAACCACUAUUCUCCCCAUUUUUGCCAUAGAUUACUUUAGUCUGUUUUACAACUUCAUGUGAGUCUAAUAGGUGUAUGUACUAUAGUGUCUUGUUCAGCAUUAUGUCUGAGUCAUCCAUGUUUGUAGCGGCAGUUCAUUACUUCUGUGUAGCAGUCCAUGGUGUGACUAUACCACAACUUACAAAUCUAUUCUGUUGUUAAUUGAAAUUGAUUGUUUCCAGUUUGUGGUUAUUAUUAAUAAAGUUGCUAU